GUCCUAGAAUUUCGCUGCGAGAGGUGUUCAGACUUUCCAGGAAAGAUUUGUUGAGAGGGAUUCGAGAGAUAGAGAUACGAGUCGCACGUCCACGAGGUGAAAACGUCAUUUGACCCGAACCUUAUGUUUGGGCCGCUAAUUAAGUCAUGUAGAGUAGUCGGUUGUGUUGUUGUAACGUUUUACUAGUUUCGAGUUUUGUGGUUGCAGUUAUGUUGUUCCUGUUAUAAUUUACAGAACAAGAUCAGUGAGGUCUGAUCAUUUCCACAUGCGAUCCAUGGCGUUAUCUGAGCAAAAUCUUGUAGACAAACAGCAACAUAUCGAUGCCGGAAUCUAUUGAUGUUGCAGCUGACGAGAUGUCAGUGAAGCAACCAAAGUUGGUGUUGGUGCUUCCAUUUUUUUGAAAAAAGAAAAUAAUCCAGGUGAAAAUACGGGGGCGGAUGAUCUUGAUGAUGGGGAGGAGUUUGUCACUAUUGAGGAGUGGUUGCGAGCGGUAUGACGAUGAAGUGAGCUCGCAAGUCGAUACUGAGAUUUGUCUUGUAUACAGCCAGAGGCAUCACAUGCCAUGUCGCUAGCAGCGCCAGCACCUCACAAAUUUCCGCCCCAGAAGAGGCUACGCGGACUUGCGUCUCCAUCAUAUAAUUGGAAAUUAUUGAUCAAUGAUUUUCCGCAGGGGCGAAGAACCGCAGCGCUUUAUAUGAUGCAGUGUGAGUAGAAACGCAGCACUCUUAUUUUUGCUGCAGUUGCUACAACCAUUCGCGCAUAACAACCAGGUACGCACAAAAGAAGGCUCGGACUUCAUCUGCAUACGCAAACGCGGACGAAAACGGGUAUUAUGACCCAACUGCAGGUCAGGGCGAAGUCCUUGUUCCCGGCUUGAAGGUCAAUCCGGGCGCGGAACCAGAUGCCUCGCAGCCUACCUACGAAAACACUUGGGAAGGGUCAAAUAAGAGCUGGGACGCGCAUGUGAAUAAGAAGAUCCAGGGAAUCGCGAAAAAGGACAAAGAAAAAAAGGAAAAGCACGGCGUCAAGGAUUACAGAGACUCCCAAAAGGCCCACGUCGAGGUGGACGGCCAAACGUACGGUGCGUCCCAUGUGCUGCUGGGGAGUUACGUGAAUGAGUUUGAUCGAGGGGUGAACCAUAACGCAGAAGAGGUAACCAAAGUUAUGAACACAUAUUACGGGCCCCACAAAACUUUUCCCCCGAAAGGGCCCCCGCCAGAAUUGCAGACCAACCCCCACAUUAAGCGAGAAGACAUGUACCACGACAGUGGCAAGAUUGAGUUGAAUAAUAGAGUCAUCGUGGAGGACAAAGAAAACCAAGUGCGCCCACAGCACGACGUUUUUGUCGACUUUCCCAAGGAGGCGCGCGAGGAGUUCCAGAAGAAGCUGCACUACGAAAACCAGCGAACGAACGGCGGGUAUCCCCAUGGGUGGCAGCCUAGUGCUGCGUACCAAAUGAGCACCAAAUUGCCCAGCAAAGUUGAGGGAGGCGACCUGAAAGAACCAGAUCAAAAAUAUGCAGGCACAAUAGCAGAGCAGGUCGACAAAUGCCUGGACAAGUGCGCGCUCAGCGACGGUUGUAGUAACCCUCGGUAUGCCCACAUCUGUGCCAUCAGUGGCCUGCCAAUGGAGGCCGACGCAGACGGAAAGGUGCAACUGGCCCCCAACUCGCACCCGAUGGGUCCGAGCUGUUACAACAAGGACCACCAGCCGGGCGAUCAUGGCGAUUUAUGAAAGUGCAAACGACACUAUAUGACCUUGGAGAACAUAUUGCGAGAGAAUGAAUCAUGCAUAGGAUGAAGCGCCGGCUUGAUUUCUUAUGCGGAUCAUGGCGAUUUUUCGGAACUUUUCGGUUUGCAAUCCUCUGGCCCGGGAGGUGCACAGAAAGUUGUUCCUCUUUGCACGUCAUUCUCCUUUACAGCCACAGUGCUGUCUUUCCAGAAAGAGUUUGUUAUGCAGAAUUGAGAUGAGCAAUAUGUCCCAUUAAAGAACUUGAGUGUUCUGGCCACAUUGAUACUACGACAACGAGGUACAAAGAGACGAUAAGGGCGAGCUUCUCCUGCCGGAUAUGCCCCCAAACCAAAUAAAGAAGCACACACAGCUGUGGGACGCGGUACAGAGUGGAAAGAAGGUAUCCAACAAUGAAAAAGACCCGCUGGCCUGGUCGUUUAUUUUGCACUUGGUCCUGGUCGGUUGCUCAAUCUUUAUACAAAUUUUCUGCAAACGCUUUCUUCGACUUCAUAGGAAAUAAAGAUGUGUACUUACUUAUGUCCUUUUCCCGAAGCAAGACGUGGCGAGACCUACGCUACCUGCACUCAGUGCCUCUACUUACUUCAUGCAUGUGCCUAAGUGACACGACGUAGAAGCGAGGACAUGGUCUUGUUCUUUCACCUCCAUAAUUUGGACCGCACGACUACUCCUUGCAUAAAGUCACCCCUGAGGGAGAGCCUACCGAACUGAAAACCCGUCCCACGCCAAAAAAAGAUGACAUGGUCGCGACGCGUGUGGAAAAGCAGAAACCGCGAGACCCUUGAGUAUUUUGAACAGGUGGAAAGAAAUUGAUUCAGUGGCAGGUCGAAUGUGACUUCUGGUAACUUGUUUUGCUGGGUGCGAAACACCACUGUUGUGCCAUUUAUUGUGUCGUGGGGCGUGUUUUCAUCAGGAUGCCCUAGUCCCUCUCGCAAGCUCGAGCCCGGCCCCUGUAUGAGUUUCUAGAGAAGGAGAACGAGUGCAGCGAUUUAACAGAUUUGCAAAAUUUUUUCCGUCACGCAGAAAAGAACGGCACUUGACUCUUGUCCUGGCUCCUAGCCUUCAUGUCUCUUAUGUCAGUGCAAAGACAAAAGCGCAGCUUGCAUUGCUCUACGGGCGAAAUCUCGACAUGAGAAAUAGUUCGGCACCAAAGACCUAGCUUGAUUUUGGCCAGCUACAGAACUUUUCGUAUGAUGGACUUAGUGAAGGCCUCGUAGCUGUGUUGCUUCGUAGUAGCAACCUUCUUUCUGCCGCAUACGAAGUCCAGCAAUCGUUGCGAUUCCAAGUAGAAACAAGCCGCAGCUUUUCUAUUCGACGGGACGCGUUUGCAUGUUGAUACGACGAGAUUUGCCGCAGGCGACUCCUGUCCAUCCACCCACCGCACGAUCUAUGUGAAUCAAAAUUGUUCCCUGUCCAAAUGCGAACAAGCAUACGUACAACUCUAUUUGCAUUAUUACGAUACCCAAGUGUAUUUCUAAUCCUAGGCACACUUGAUAUUUCCGUUGCAAAAUUUCGGAAGAAGUCGUGUAAUACGAGUUCCACACUGCGGGCACCCGGUGCUGGAGGUCUAUCGCUUUGACAUAAGUGGCGAUGAAAGUGGUAGUUGACUUCGCAACGCAACCAAACCACUUUGAAUUAUUUGGCAGGGCGCUUUUUUAACUAUGAUGCCAACCGUCAUUGGUGCACAAGGAGCGCAAUACGCUUGCGGCGCAAAUGAAGGUAGAUAGAACUGACCCGGCCAUCACAGGACUCCAGAUGUACAUGCGAGAAGCCCUGGUGAUACAGAACGCAGGGCAAAAUGGCGCUGACAUAAUGCCCUUCGACCCCUUGGACGAAAACGGCUUCAAAAUGGAAAGUCCGCAGGCCAAAGCGAAGGAAGGUGAAGCAGGAUACGCCCUACGGAACGAAGUGGCGCGCGGCCCGCAAAUGCUACACAGUUUUCAUAGCAAUCAUAGCUACCGCGCUGCAGCACCUCAGCUCUUGCAGCACCGGAUAGGAAUUCAGCGGAAAAACUUACCGACGCCUAUCGAAUUGACAAGAAUCUCUUUGCGGAAAUCUGAAAGGAAGGUACGUGUAAAGGAUGAUGCAAGGUAGAGAAUGAACACAGCCGAUAUGCAUUACCCCCACCGCGAUAUAUCUCAUGAAUAACCGUGCUUCAUCGAAUCUUCAUGCACACAACUACAAAUUUUCGCUGAUCUACACGGAAGGUUGGCACAUCGUAGUGGGGUCAUGAGUAGCUGUAACAAAACAACUUCCGUUUUCUGUCGGAAACCACUUUCUGCUGUGUGGCGCUCACGCCUUUCUUGCAUUUCCGACAUCAAGGAGCCGCUUUGAAGCUUGAUGAUUCGAAGAUACCAAGGGACCGACCCGGUUCGCAUCAACACCAAAUUCGCGCGUAUGCCGUUAUUCUCGGAAGUCGAUACCGCUUCGCAGUAGUGGAUGCAGGGCAGACGAAAAAUGUGCUUGGACGAAAUUUCCUCCGGGCUGAGAAUGCGUCCCCGAUGCCACUCGUCAUUCAUUGUUUUUCAGUAGAAAAAUAUUGCCACGACGUCAGUUUCGUCGCUACGUGUAAGAAAGGCAGUGGCAGUGGUGGAAGUUUUCAGCCUUUACUAUCUUGCAAGAUAUGAUGAAUCAACAUGCAAUCAUAGUGAGUGGCGUGGCGCUAUUUUUUAGAUUUGAGAAUAUAGAUUCAGGCUCUUACGACUUUUUUAGAUUUUACAGACAAUUAUUUAUCGGCUUACUUUUUUUGUGAAUACUUUAAACAUUAUUUUGAUAUCAAGACCGGUAGCUGCCUCAGGGGAAGCAUCAGAAGGCGAUGUUGACGUGACAAGUUUUUCAUGAUGAGCGUGCCACGCCACAAGAACUGUUCGACGCUGACCUGCGAGGACAGUACAUAGUUCAAUAUCGUCCGAAAUACGAUACUCGUAUAAAAGAAAUGUAAAUCAGUCUUCGCUUCCAGCUUUUUUGUUCGAUUCGACCUGUAGCUUGUUUUCUUCUUUGAGAGCCGUAAGAAUCAGAAUCGGCCGCAAAAGAAGAAUAAAAGCAUGGAGACAUACACUACGUCGAUUUGAUUUUUGAAAGAUAAAGUUGCCACUGGCAAUAGCUCUUGGCAAAUUGGCCAAAGACUCUGCUUUCUAGAUUUGAGUUUUACCUGAUUCACGACCACUGUAUUUUCUGAACCAGAAUCCUGAGAAAAGCUAGCUUCGCCAGCCCUGCGCAAUAGGGACUCGAAAAAGCUGGCUUUAGCUUGCCGUGGACGAUGCUCGUUGAAAAAUUUCAUUGCCUACUUUUAGGCCGUUCUGAAGGUAGCAAGAAAAAGAAUUGUGG